CUUAAGUACCCCCCCAGCCGAGCCCCCUCGAGCUCAACAGCCACAGCGCGAGGGCGCCUUGACGACUGGAGGCAGCUGCUGGAGCGCAGGACACCUGUUGCCACGGAAACAGCACCGGUGGGAAAAAUCACCAAUAACAGAAAACAGAAGAAGAAACCCGUUGCUCGGCCAGGUGUUUCCUCCACAGACAGUCAGACAUGUCAUCUCCAGCGCUGCUCAACCUGCUCCGAUGUGCUCGCUCCGCCGUCACCAGGCAGACCUUCCUCGCCGUACGCUCCUCACCAGAAACAUCUGCAGCUUCUGCACAGGUGGGCGGAGCCUUGUUCGGGGUGGUGGGCGUGCGUCGCGCCAGCGGGUCGACUCACUGUGACAGCAACGGCAGCGGCCGGCCGGUCACCUGGGACUCAUUCGGUAUCUGGGACAACAGGAUAGAAGAGCCGAUACUGCUGCCCUCCAGUAUCAAAUAUGGAAAACCCAUUCCACAGGUCAGUCUGUCCCGGGUCGGCAGUGCAUCUGUUUUGGGUCACAGGAAGCAGAACGAGGACCGCCUCCGUGUCGCCCGUAUCCAUGACAACCUGCUGUACUUCGCCGUGUUUGACGGCCAUGGCGGUCCGCACGCCGCCGACUACUGCUACACCUUCAUGGAGAAGUUCAUCAGAGAUGCUCUGGAGGACGACGACGACCUGGAGAAAGUUUUAAAGAAAGCGUUUUUAGACGUCGACAAGGCUCUACACACACACCUCAGCUACUUCAACAAGGCUUCCUUCCUGACAGCCGGCACCACAGCGACGGUUGCAUUGCUGCGUGACGGCGUGGAGCUGGUGGUCGGUAGCGCUGGAGACAGCCGGGCGUUGGUGUGCAGAGAGGGACAAGCCAACAUGCUCACCAGAGAUCACACACCUGAUCGCAAGGACGAGAGACAAAGGAUCCAGAGGUCCGGCGGCUUCGUGACAUGGAACAGCGUCGGUGUGGCGAAUGUUAACGGGCGGCUCGCCAUGACUCGCAGCAUCGGAGACUUCCACCUGAAAGGCAGCGGUGUCAUCGCAGAACCGGAUACACGACGGCUCACUGUCCAGCACGCCAGCGACUCCUUCCUGGCUCUGACCACCGACGGCAUCAACUUCCUGCUGAGCAACCAGGAGAUCUGUGAUGUCAUCAACCAGUGUCAGGACCCCACAGAGGCUGCUGACGUCAUCGCUGAGCAGGCGUUGCAGUACGGCUCAGAGGACAACGCCACCAUCAUCGUUGUCCCUUUCGGAGCCUGGGGGAAACAUCAGAGCUCCACCGUCGUCUACAGCAUCAGCAGAAACUUCUGUUCAAGUGGGAGAUGGGCGUAGAGGACACACACACACACACACACACACACAUAAAACAACAC